AUGGCAUCCCGUUCAUUGCUUAUCACCGGUGUCUCCGGGUACAUAGGAGGCACCGUUUUGUCCGCUAUUCUCGAAAGCGAAGAUAUCUGGGCUAAGCAGCUCCAGAUCUCAGCACUCGUGCGAAACGAAGCACAAGCUACCACUGUGAAGAACCUCGGGGUUACGCCCCUGUUAUUCUCCAGCUUCGAUGAGCGGGAGGUGCUGGAAAAGCUGGGCGAGGAGUUUGACAUCAUCAUCCAUGCCGGAGCGGGCUGGCAUACACCGUCUGCAAAAGCGCUCAUCACAGGCCAAGGAGCACGCCGCACAAGAACCAACCAGCCCGUGCAUUAUAUUCAAAUGUCCGGGACGUCUAACUUGAGCGAUCGCCCUUAUUCGGAGGGGUACAUUGAUCCGCAUGUAUUCUCCGACGAGGAAGACAUUUUCUCAUUUGAAAAGUAUCGCGAGUCUCGCGAAGUCUACAUCCAACGGACGACGGAUAUCGCCGUGGUCGAGACCAGCGCGGCACUCGGUGUGACGACGUAUAUUGUCAUGGCGCCGACCAUCUUCGGGCUCGGCACGGGGCCUUUCAACCGCUACUCCAUGCAGCUGCCUGCCAUGAUUGCGGAUGCGCUGAAGACUGGAAUCUGCAGUGUCGUUGCCGAGGGGAAGACGGUCUGGAGCCAUGUCCAUAUCAGGGAUUUGGCGGGUCUGCAUCUGACCUUGCUGCGGAAUAUUUGCGCAAAUGUGACGAUUCCGUCUGGUCGGAAGGGGAUUUAUUUCUGCGAAACGGGCGAGCAUUCGUACCGUGAAUUUGCCGAGAGUUUGGCCCACACAGGCCAUGAGAUGGGGGUCUUUCCAACGCGGGAAGUGAAGCGAAUUACUGUCCAGGAGGCAGCUGAUAAAUGGCUCUAUGGCAGUGCCUCUAGUGCCGAGCUUGCGUUUGCAUCCAACUGUCGUACUAAAGCUGCUCUUGCCCGCAAGCUGGGAUGGACGCCCUUGUAUGGUGGGGAAUGGGAGAGCACUUUUCGCACCGAGCUGAGCGAGUUCAUCAAGAAUCCCCCAGCCGGCCGAGAGACCCCUAAGUUUCUGGAGAAAUAA